CUCGUCACCUCCCAACCGCGACGGGCGACCUCUCGGCCCUCUUCCGAUUCAACGGUUGGUGUGGUAGCUUCAAGUUUCUCUCACCGGGUCCGUAACAGGAAGUUCGGAGCGCAGCUCGCUUCAUACAUAUCACCUACGAUUGCUGGCCUCCACCGUCUUCUCGGGCUUCGCUUCGUAUUCCCGAUUCCCAUUCUCAGGCAUGGCAUCCUCUGAUAAGCCAGAAGUAGUCGAACGAGAGGUGAAAGACAAAGAACAUAAGGAAGAAGAUAAGCAUGAAGAAAAGGGAGGCUUCAUUGAGAAGGUUAAGGAUUUUAUCCAUGAUAUUGGUGAGAAGAUUGAGGGAGCAAUAGGAUUUGGAAAGCCUACUGCAGAUGUUGCUGGAGUUCAUAUUCCCAGCAUCAAUCUGGAGAAGGCAGAAAUUGUUGUUGAUGUGCUGAUUACAAACCCCAAUCCCGUUCCGAUCCCUCUGAUAGACAUAGAUUACUUAAUUGAAAGCGAUGGAAGGAAACUUGUGUCUGGAUUGAUCCCUGAUGCUGGAACGAUCCAUGCUCAUGGUUCAGAGACUGUCAAGAUACCAGUGACAUUAAUAUAUGAUGAUAUCAAAAACACUUAUGAUGAUAUCAAGCCGGGAAGCAUCAUUCCAUACAGGAUCAAGGUUGAUCUCAUCGUCGAUGUUCCGAUUUUUGGAAGGCUUACCCUGCCUUUGGAGAAGAAGGGUGAGAUUCCUGUGCCUUACAAGCCAGAUGUUGAUCUUGAAAAGAUACACUUUAAUAAGUUCUCUUUUGAAGAAACAACGGCCACCCUCCAUCUGAAGCUUGAGAAUAAGAAUGACUUUGACCUGGGACUCAAUGCAUUAGAUUAUGAAAUUUGGCUCUCUGAUGUGAGCAUUGGAGCUGCAGAGCUCACAAAAUCUAUAAAGCUGGAGAAAAAUGGAAUUACUAAGAUGGAGAUUCCAAUCACUUUCAGGCCGAAGGACUUUGGUUCUGCUCUUUGGGACAUGAUAAGAGGACGAGGUACUGGUUAUUCUCUAAAAGGAAAUAUUGAUGUGGACACACCAUUUGGACGAAUGAAGCUGCCUAUUAGCAAAGAAGGUGGGACCACCCGCCUCAAGAAACAGGAUGAUGAUGAUGACGAUGAUGAUGAGGAUUAAGGAGCUGUUCUGCUAGCUUUUGCAUAUGCAAUGAAUCAGAUGUCUUAGUACAGAGCCGUAUAGACUAGGCUCUGGGUGAUGCUUGCACAUGAUCCCAUGUUUCAUCUAAAUAAUUCGGAUGGCUUAUUGGUGCAGUUUGUUGAUGUAAACCAUAGACAUGUCUUUGUUAGUUCUGAGACUUUGGCCUCCUUGUUGGAGCAAUAUCUGGGACCUAUUUUUGUUUAUCUGACGGCGUUUUUUUCA